CAUCACCAUCAGAAAAGAAGACAGAAUCGUAAACAAAAGUUCUUUCGAUGCAGCCUCAGGAGUCGGACUCACAGAAGGCGAAGGCAGGAGCUGGAACGCGUGCAGAUGCCACGGAAUCCAUGGGACUCCGCACUGAGGCUUGCGGGCGCGCUAUCGGACUAUCGAUUCCGUCUCAAGAACCACCAACCAACCUCCGCAACUCGCACCGGUUUCACCCUCCUCAGAAACAACGACAACACCUUCUCAAACCACACCCUCCACUAUAACCCAGCCUCGCUCUCCGUCCAGGUACCUCAGCGGCAGUCCCGCAACCUUCUCCUGACAUCCUCCAAUUCCGGACGCGUUCGGUCUCUCGCCUCGCCGUCGCACUUUUAGAACACUCGACUUUACGCUUCAAAGGACACCUGUAACUCAACCCAGAUAUGCUGGUCCUCGGAAUACCCCCUCCGUUGUUAACGGACUCAUACAAGACUACCCACUUUCACCUCUAUCCGGAGGCUCAGAAGAUGGUAGCAUACGGCGAAUUCCGCGCAGGUUUCAACAAAGACACCAACGACAGCCGCAUGGUCUUCUACGGCAUGCGUUACAUCAUCGAGAACUAUGUCGCGGUCAAAUGGACGAGAGAGGAUGUCGAGAUGGCGGAACAGUUCUUCAAAACGCAUAAUGCAGGAUUCACAGAAUUCCCCUUCCCAAAAGACCUCUUCCUCAAAUUCGUCGACGAAAACGACGGAGGCUUCCCAGUCCGCAUCGACGCGUUGCCCGAAGGCACCGUCGUCUUCCCCCAUUUGCCGGUUUAUCAGAUUACCGCGGAGAAUGAGUACGCUAGGCUAGUGACGUACCUGGAGACUGUGUUGACGAUGAUCUGGUAUCCGUCAACGGUCGCCACUCUUUCCCGCCGCUCGCGCGACCUGAUAGAAGCCGCAUAUGAGAAAUCGGUUGAUGAGAAGGGAUAUUGGACGCUUGAUUCCCGGUUACACGAUUUCGGCUUCCGCGGCUGCACCUCUGUCGAGCAAUCCAUCAUCGGCGGAUGUGCGCAUCUCCUAAACUUCGAAGGCACCGACACAAUGUCCGCCGCCUUCUACGCCCAAUUCAAGCUCAACAACGGCCGCGCAGUCGCAACCUCCAUCCCCGCCACCGAGCACUCCGUCAUGACCUCCUACCCCACGGAAGUCGAAGCGAUGUCGGUGCUGCUGGAGCGGUACGGCUCGGGCGUGUGCGCGUGCGUGAUGGAUUCCUAUGAUUAUGUGGAGGCGCUGGAGACUGUUCUCCCCGCGAUUGCGAAGCUGAAGUGCAAGAAGGGGGGGUUUUUGGUGUUGAGGCCGGAUAGCGGGGAUCCGGUGGAGGUUGUUUUGCAGGGGUUGAGAGCAAUCGACAAAGUCUUUGGCUCCGACCUGAACGCCAAAGGCUACAAAGUGGUCCGCGGCGCCAGCGUCAUCCAAGGCGACGCGGUCACCUACGACUCUCUCGGCAAGAUGCUCGCGGCGGUGCUGGACGCCGGGUUUGCGGCGCAGACGGUCGGGUUUGGGAUGGGCGGCGGGUUGCUGCAGAAGGUGAAUCGCGAUACGAUGAGCUUUGCGACCAAGUUGAGUAAGGUUGUUAAUAAGGAUGGAAGUGAGAGGGAAGUAAUGAAAAUGCCCAAAACCGGCGCCGACAAAUUCAGUCUCCCGGGCGAAUUCCACAUCGUCCGCAACUCCCAAAGCAUCCCAAUAGUCUACCCGUCCCCCCCGCCCCUCCCUCUCUCCUCCACCCCCUCCCUCCUCCAAACCGUCUACGACCACAACCGACCCCUACCCACCAAAUGGGACGACUUCACCACCGUCCGCGAGCGAGUGAAACGCGAAUGGACAGCCGUCCCGAAAGCGGUGGAUGUGCUCAGCCCGGAGUUGCGGGCGAGGAUCGAGGUGUUCAAGGAGUCGAGGGCGGGGACGCCGGUGCACAAGGUGAAUGGGGUUUAGCAAAAACCCCCACGGGCUACCGUUUUGUUUUCGAUAUAUAUUACACCCGCAUACGACACAUUUUCGCAUAUUCAACAACAACCCCCCAUUGCCAUAUAAUCAAACCCCACGUAAUGGAUGCCCCCCCCCCCCCCCC